GCCGAGGAAGCCCCAGAGCACACCCCCUCCUCAUAAAGUGGAGGGGUUUUUCAUCCCCAGGGAUCAGACGCAGAUCAAUGAGCUUAUCACCAAAGCGAACCUGGCCAAUAAAACUUUACACGACCUUCCCAAUGAUUUUCUGAAGUCGGGGUCAGAAGUGACAGAGAAGCAGUUUGCCAUGUUUCGUGCUGCUUGUCCAGAGACGAUAGAUACAGCACUGUUACCUCUCCAUCGCUAUGUAUCAGAAAGCUCCUGGGAAACAGCAGUUUCUCUGACUGGUACUUCAUUCGAGUUUCGCAAAUAUGUACGGGCAAUUGGGAAGGGGACCCAAAUGAAGUCCCUCACGGAAAUGGAUGCCGACUGGCCUGGUUCGUUCAAGACCGUUCGAGAGCUGCAAGAACAUGCCACGCAUUUCCCUGGCAAGAAAUCAUACCCUAACGAGAUCACGGUAAACGCGGCGUUCAUAGUUCUACUGCAAACAAUCACACAUCUGGCACCAAAUAUAGAUGCUGAGUGGUACCUCGAACCUGCAGAUUUCGUGGCGGUAUUUGGUAACGGAAGUUACGAAGCAUUAACUGACGGGCAGCUUCGGACUCAUUCUGGAAAGGUAGUUAGCGCUAUUGCUGAGGUCAAGAGGAAACCUCGAAGGAAAGUCUUCAUACCAUUAAUGCAGGAGGUAGCGGAGUUAGUCGCAUGGAUCGUUUGUGAUCCACCGGCACGUCCAGCGACUCCGGAUAAAUGUCACUUGUGAGUUUUUUUAGGGGAUUAUUGUAUAUCUUUCUCAAAAGCCAGCUAACAAACUGAAAUUUAGCCGGCUGCUAUUGUCGCAGAAUGAAUCGCAGAUCUUUAUCACAUUUGCCGAGUUUCAUCAUGACUAUGUUGACU